AUGUCCAAGGGAGAAACUCACCAAGCCCAUUAUGACAAAUUGCUGGAGAUUUUUACAGGAUAUAAUGAUGUCUCCGAUGCUUUGUACCGGCUGAAAACAAAUGACGAAGAAAAAUUAAACGCAAUUUACAACAAAAUCAAACAAAACCUGAUUGACUCUUAUCGAAUUCCGCCUGGUGAGAUUAUCAAUAAAAUAUCUCAACUUUCAAUUUAUAACAACUGCUUCAUGAAGUCAUAUUUAGCGAUUACCAAACAAAUUGUUGACGAAUUCCAUCUAAAUCAGGUCAACAAAAUCAACGAAGUUUUUAACUACCUUUUCUACAAAGAAUACAAUAUAGUCUUGAAUGAAAAUGGGAGAAAAAAUUUUAACGAUUUUGAAGAUUCUCAUUAUUCAUCUGAUAUUCACGAACAAAAUACAAUUCACAGAUCUAUUAUGUAUGAUGACAAAAUAUCAUUGAUAAUUUUUACAGAAAGCGAAGGAUUUGAUAAAAAUCAAAAAUUAAAAAGUGAAUUAUAUCCAUAUUCAUAUGAAGGUAUUUCAUUACUUGAAUUGUGUUGUUAUCAUGGAUCUGUUGAUUGUUUUAAGAUCUUAAUAACGAAAUUUCAAUCAGAAAUCACUCCAGAAUGUCUUAAAUAUUCUUUUUUGAGCGGAAAUCAAGCCAUUCUGAAUGAAUGCUUGAAAGUACAAAAACCAGAUAAUGAAUGCAUGAAAUAUGCAAUAAUAUCACACAAUAUCGAUUUUGUCACAUUUUUGAUGAAUGAACACAAUAUAAACAUUGAUUUAGAAUUGUGCUAUAAAUACAAUAAUCUUCAAUCAUUUUUAGUUUACUUAGAUCAAACAAAUGAUAUCAACACAUGUUUUGUUUAUUCUUCGAAUUUCCAUCUUUCAUCACUUUUAGAAUAUUUUAUUUCAAAUGGUGCAGAUAUCAAUUCUAAUGACGAAUAUGGAUGUACCCCUCUUCAUUAUGCAGCCAGAUAA